AGUAAAUAAAUCGGUUUAGAAAUGCGUGAUGAGAACUUGGUACCUGAGUCCCCUGAAUCCUGACUGACUUUGGGAUUGAUUAGAUCUCAACUCUGAUGUCUUGUUUUGGCCUCCAGGGACCCUUUCCUUUAUUAUUAUUAUUAAUAGUUAUUAAUAUUAUUAUCAUCAUCAUCAUUAUCAUUUUUUUUUAUCGAAUCAACAUCAUUAUCAUUUAACUAUCAUAUUAAGCAGCUUCCGGAAAAGGGAGAAAAAAAAGCAGCUCGUGAAAAUGGAAUAUAUUAAUAAUAAUAUAGCUCUGGCCUAUGGGUACCCACCCAUGGGCACCCAACCACGCUCAUAUAAUUAAAUUUUUCGGUAUAUUUAAUAUUUAAUCAAUAUAUCUUCCUUAAACAACUAAUUUUUUUUUAUGUUUGUGGAGACAUGUCUAAUUUGUUGUGUAGAAUGAAGUUGAUGAUUAUGGAAUGGAGAGUGAAGAAGCUUAGUUGACAAGGAGGAAGAAGCUUUCAAUUAAUCAUUUUGUUUUAUAGAUGUUUAUCUUUUAAUUUUGAACAAUUUGUAUUGAUAAUUUGUGGUUUACUUAUAUGCUCUAGAUUAGUGUUUUUUUGUAUGGAUAAUUAGUACGAGAAAAUUUAUGUUAGACUUUUAUUUUGAAAGAAACUUGUUAUUGUAAAUUUUUCACACAAAGAUCCACUGGUACCCAUCAACCCGCGGAUACCCAACAAAUUGAUUUGGGUUGCGUGUGAGUUUUUCAAACCCAACAGAUUUUACCCCGAUUUUUUUUUUUUUUUUUUUUGCGGAUAAACUCAUUGGUUUGAAUAUGGAUUUAGCAAAACCCGACCCAACCCAACCCAACCCAACCUAUUGCCAUCCCUAUUUGUUGGGUUCUCUUUAUUAAUAAAUCAUCACCACCAUUAUAGAAAAUAAUAAUAAUAAGAUAGCACCCACCGCCACUGUUACCGGGCCAUAGCUGAGCUUAAAAGCUGAAACCCCCAGCUCAGCAACAGAGCAGUGUACCCCUCACCGCCAUGCUCCCAUUUGUAUGUGUUAAUUGCGUUUACCUUUUAAUUGAUGUGAUUUACACCGUUUAACUCCAUUAUUAACUAAAAAAUAUUAACUAACCAAAAGUGAUUUUAUUAUGUAUGUACAAAAGAAAUAAUAAAAUUCCAACAACCCUUCCCUCCUUUUUGGUUUUUCUUCCCUCUCACACCUCACUUGAUUACCUUCCCAUACACGCCUUCAUACCAUAAUACACAACACCACCGUUUCUCUUCCUUCCUUUUCUCACCUAAAUAAAUACCCAAUUCUCCAUUAUUUCUCCCAGCCUGACUCUUCACAUUUCUCCCGCCUCCGCCGUUUACUUUUUCUCUCCAACUAAAAACUACGCCAUGUCCGCCGAUCUCGACUCGCGGCCCAGCCUCCCCAAAAUUCGGAUCGGAAUAAUCAAUCUCAACGACUCUCCCCAGCCUUGCAGCAGCAGCGGCGGCGAAAACCAUAAUUCAGAUCGGGUAGUGGAGAAGGAGAUCACAAUCAAUUCCAGCAGCGAGGAGUGCCGUACACCGAAAUCGGCGGAAUCCAAGAUCCCGGCGAUCCUGAGCUGCCCGCCGGCGCCGAGGAAACCGAAGAGCAGGCCGAUCUCCUGUAAGAGGAAGCUGGGGUUGGAAUUCGAAUUCUUCGACGUGCUCCACCGGGAGGAACUCGAAUCCUUCUUCCGAACCGGUUUCCAGCUGGCCAAGCGGAUCCGCUGCCCCGAUCUCAUCAUUCCCUAGCUUGUAAAUCCAAAUCCAAUCAACAAAACUCAGCAAUAUAUAUAUAUAUAUAUAUAUAUAUAUAUAUAUAUAUAUAUGUAUAUAUAUAUAUAUAGAUCGCCGGCAGAUGAGAACGGUGUCGUAUCAUGGGAGCUCGCUCGCUCGCUUGAUUCUACCUCUCACUCAAUCUCUUACACGAAUCUCUUCUUCUCCUUCUUUCUUUCCUUUUCAUCUUCAGAAUUACGCCGUUACUAUCUACACCUUUUUUCUUCCCCAUCUUUUGUCCAAAUUAUUUAAUUCUUAUUGUUGCCUGUAUAUUUUAUAUUAUUAUUACACUCCUGAAGCAUAAUUGAAUCAAUGCAACAGUGUAGUUCCGGCGACCGAAUUCCGGCCGGCGGGUGUUAUACUGUUUCAAUUAUGCAGUUGUUAUGAUAAUUACUGCUACUACGUUUAAUUCCUUUUGUCUUUCAUUUAUUGUGUUUAUUUUAAUUAUUAAUUUUCUGAGUCGUAAAAUUUAGGUGCCACGACUUUGUUAGCAAUAGCAAUUACGUGCAAGCAAGCUCUGCUUAGACUAAGAGCCAAGAGAUUACAGGGUGUACUGUCUACAUUACAAGCUAAGAUAGAUGCCCUUUCGGAUUAAUUAACCUUUUUUCUUUGUUUUGGUAUUACGUUGAAAUUAGGGAUGGGCAUGUGGGUGGUUAAUCCGCGGAUUAAUAUCGAUCCAUCUGCAAAUAACUCGACCCGCAUACAGUGGGUGAUUGAUGUGGGUGGAUUGCGGAUUGUUAAAUCUCCCACCCGCACUUAUGUGGGUGGAUGGUGAGUGGAUUGCGGGUCACCCGUAUAACCCGCGUCCUAUUUUUAUAUGGAAAAAUGUUGUUUCUUAUAGUAUCGAAUAUUCAUCAUAUUUUCGAACUCCACUACAGUCUGACCAUAUACUUCAAAACGUGGAGAGUAAGGAAUAGUUUUGACUACUAUUAUUGGUUAUUGUGUUGUGCAAUAUCCAUUGAAUAUUGGUAUGCAAAUUUUUGGUAAUAUUCAUUAUAUAGUGGGAUACAAACUAUAAAUUAUUAAUUGUAUCAAAAUCACAAAUUAUUGAUACAAUCUUACUAAUUUGCUAUGAAUUUAUUUUAAAUGUUAGUCAAUUUUCUUAAUGGCUAGUUGGAGAAUUGCUUUUGAAGAUUAAUCCGCGACCCAACCGCACUCAUCCGUCACCCACCCAACCCAACCCACAUAAAUAUGUGGGUGGAUUGUAGGUCACAUGCAUUUCAAUCCGCUAGUAAGCGGGUGAGUCAAUUUCAGACCACAAUCCACCCAAUCCGUCCAUUGCCCACGCCUACGCGAAAUUGUGUCUGAUUGGCCCAUGAAAAAAAUCAUUAUUAUUACAGUUGUAUAUUACCUACCCAUGUUAAUUAAGCAGGAGGCACUGAAAGGGAGGUGACGAGAGCAAUCAAUAUGGGCAACCAUUCCAACUAUAGCCUAUAAAUUUGACAAUUUGGA